GUGAGCUAGCAGGGGGAGGAGAGAAAGAGCGGGUGCAGAACAGGUAGCUCCUUUCCUAGGAUCUGGAAAAGAGGGAAGGAUUCUCUUCCUGGUUAGAAGGGCUCUAGUGACAUCUGGAAUGAGCACCGAGGUGCCCUUUUUUAAUUUUCACUCACAAAGUGAAACCAGUGUGCAGUGAGGUGAGGAAACAGCUUUGAAGAAGUAUUUUUGCUUCACAAAUUGCUCUUCAAAUCACGAUCGGAUGAAGGUCGCACAGGUAGUUCCCUGGGCUUUCUCAACUCUAUUGAAUGACUAGAUGCAUUGGGGCCAGAGGCUGAGUUGCCUGAACACAAAUACUUUAAAGGUGAUUUGAAAAUAUCUAUACUCAGAACUCGAUGACGUGCUCGGACUCUUCCCGGAAUGACCCACGGACUGUGCGUAUUUCACCUGUGACCCAGGUGGAUGUUGCCGCUCUCUGGAAACCCUCCUCACUUCAGAAGUGCGGCACCCAAGGGCACACACAGUAAGAGAAGCCCGCAGCAUGGGUUUUCAGAUGCUUGUGCCUUUCGGUCCUUGGAAUUGGUUGUUCUUGCUAGUGGCCCUCAGGUGUGGUGGAGCAUCUUCUGAUUUGAGUGAAUCCACAAAUUCCUCUGCCCAGCAUGAGCUUAAUGUUCGGUUUGCUGCUGCCGGCUCUGAGCCAGCUGAGACGGUAUCUGUUUUCGCACUGGAUUAUAAUUAUGUGCAAAUUCCUUACGAGGUCACCCUCUGGAUACUCCUAGCAUCCCUUGCAAAAAUAGGCUUCCACGUCUACCACCGGCUGCCGGGCCUCAUGCCUGAGAGCUGCCUGCUCAUCCUCGUCGGGGCCCUGGUGGGCGCCAUCAUCUUCGGCACCGACCACAAGUCGCCUCCGGUCAUGGAUUCGAGCAUCUACUUCCUGUACCUCCUUCCGCCCAUCGUCCUGGAGGGCGGGUACUUCAUGCCCACCCGGCCCUUCUUCGAGAACAUCGGCUCCAUCCUGUGGUGGGCAGGGCUGGGGGCCCUGAUCAAUGCCUUCGGCAUUGGCCUCUCGCUCUACCUCAUCUGCCAGGUCCAGGCCUUUGGCCUGAGCGACGUCAACCUGCUUCAGAACCUGCUGUUCGGGAGCCUGAUCUCGGCCGUGGACCCCGUGGCCGUGCUGGCCGUGUUCGAAGAGGCGCGGGUGAAUGAGCAGCUGUACAUGAUGAUCUUCGGGGAGGCCCUCCUCAAUGACGGCAUCAGCGUGGUCUUAUAUAACAUAUUAAUCGCCUUCACAAAGAUGCAUAAAUUUGAAGACAUAGAACCUGUGGACAUUUUGGCUGGAUGUGCCCGAUUCAUUAUUGUGGGGUGCGGGGGAGUGUUUUUCGGCGUCAUUUUUGGAUUCAUUUCUGCGUUUAUCACACGUUUCACUCAGAACAUCUCCGCGAUUGAACCCCUCAUCGUCUUCAUGUUCAGCUACUUGUCCUACUUAGCGGCUGAGACGCUCUAUCUCUCUGGCAUCCUGGCAAUCACAGCCUGUGCAGUGACAAUGAAAAAGUAUGUCGAAGAAAAUGUGUCCCAGACAUCCUACACGACCAUCAAGUAUUUCAUGAAGAUGUUGAGCAGCGUCAGUGAGACCCUGAUCUUCAUUUUCAUGGGCGUGUCCACCAUUGGGAAGAACCACGAGUGGAACUGGGCCUUCGUCUGCUUCACCCUGGCCUUCUGCCAGAUCUGGAGAGCCAUCAGCGUGUUUGCUCUCUUCUAUAUCAGUAACCAGUUUCGGACUUUCCCCUUCUCCAUCAAGGACCAGUGCAUAAUUUUCUACAGUGGUGUCCGAGGAGCUGGAAGUUUUUCACUUGCAUUUUUGCUUCCUCUGUCUCUUUUUCCUAGGAAGAAAAUGUUUGUCACUGCUACUCUAGUAGUUAUAUAUUUUACUGUAUUUAUUCAGGGAAUCACAAUUGGCCCUCUGGUCAGGUACCUGGAUGUUAGAAAGACCAAUAAAAAAGAAUCCAUCAAUGAAGAGCUUCAUACCCGUCUGAUGGAUCACUUGAAGGCUGGAAUUGAAGAUGUGUGUGGGCAGUGGAGCCACUACCAAGUGAGAGACAAGUUUAAGAAGUUCGAUCAUAAGUAUUUACGGAAAAUCCUAAUCCGAGAGAACCUGCCAAAAUCGAGCAUCGUUUCUUUGUACAAGAAGCUGGAAAUGAAACAAGCUAUUGAGAUGGCAGAGACCGGGAUACUAAGUUCUACAGCCUUUUCCAUCCCCCAUCAGGCCCAGAGGAUACAAGAAACCAAAAGACUCUGCCCUGAAGAUGUGGAGUCCAUGAGGGACAUUCUGACACACAACAUGUACCAAGUUCGACAAAGGACCCUGUCCUACAACAAAUACAACCUCAAACCCCAAACGAGUGAGAAGCAGGCGAAAGAAAUUCUGAUCCGCCGCCAGAACACCUUCAGGGAGAGCACGAGGAAAGGUCACAGCCUGCCCUGGGGAAGGACGGCUGGUACCAAAAACAUCCGCUACCUCUCCUUUCCUUACAGCCAUCCUCAGCCAGCAGGCGGAGAUGUGAGGGCGGCUGAAUUCACAGAUCACGACGGCAGUGACGCAGAAGUCCCCUCCAUCAUGUUCAACACACACUCUCCAAUGGGGUCACUUCAGGAAGGACGACGGACGCAAGAAAUAAUCCCGAUGAAGAGCUUGCACAGAGGAGGGAAGCCACCCCACUUGGGUUAUCAAAGAAAUAGGAGCCAAGAAGAACAACUGGGCAGGGGCAGAAGGGCGGUUUUGAGGCCCAAACCGCUCUUUCACGCAGUAGAUGAGGAGUUCGAAUCUGGGGAGGAGAGUGAGGAAGAGGCCUCAGCCAUUGGGUCCCGAUGGUCAACGGAGCACAGACCCAGCAGGGACCUCCACAGAUCCCAUAGGCCUUUGCUCCAAAGAAAGUAAUGUCAUGGUCCACAGGAUUGUGUUGGGUUUUUCCAGAGUCCAUGUUCCGAUUAUCGCGAAAGAAGAAUGUUCAGAGUUCUGAAGAGAGCAAUUGAGUUUUGUUCUUGUUUAUUUUUAUUUUUUUGAUGUGGACCAUUUUUAAAGUCUUUAUUGAAUUCGUUACAAUAUUGCUUCUGUUUUGUUUUUUUUUUAUAGUUUGGUUUUUUGGCCACACGUGGGAUCUUAGCUCCCCGACCAGGGAUCAAACCUGCACCCCCUGCAUUGGAAGGCGAAGUCUUAACCACUGGACCGCCAGGGAAGUCCCUUGAGUUUUGUGUUUGUUUCUGGUUUUUGGAAGCUAUUAUGACUCUCUAAGAGGCAAGGAGAUUUUUCAGAUGACUGGGAGCAGACUUGCAAGCUUCUCCACGUUCUUAGCUGUGCUUAGGUGUGCUUUGUAGAUGAAUUCCCUGUGAGAGACAGACGUCAGUCACCCCAGGAACUAUUCACUAAAUGUGUCAUUCAUGUAAUUUAUUGAGAUACAAACAUGAUUGGUCAAUAAUUCCCCUUGACUCUGUGCAUGGGCAACUUCUAGUCAGGUCAGAACCAGGAGGGGCUUCGGAAACGGCCUGGCUCAGCCCCCUGUGUUUACAAAUAAGGACACCUUGCCCAGAUCACGUGGUGAGGUGCUGCCUUCACAAGCUGAUUGUCCUCCCUCCCAAGGGAAUGCAUUCAAUUUUGAUUUUGAUAUGCACUAUGCAAUAAGUGAUAUGUCUGGGGAGAGGUAAAAUUGGUCAUACCAUUGCUAUAUGUAAUCAGUAGCAAUAAUAGAUGUGCUACAGAAUAUAGAAUUAAUCUGUCACCUGUGGGCUUGUAGUCUUUUUUGUACUUGGAAUGCUUAUUUGAAAAAUAAGGAUAUUAGAAACAAAACGGCCAUAAACACGCUUUAAUAGCAAUGACACAAACAAUGGGUAUUUAUUAGAUGUGCGUUUGUAGGCUAUGACAUUUUCCCCUAGGGUUUGCAGCUAAUUUCCAAUUUAAUUUUCCAUCCUCAUCAUCCCCAAACUUGACCUUGAACUUGAACUUCACACUCCAGCUCACCAACUUUGCUGCCUAACUUUAUCUUUCCACCCUCCUUCCACUCUCUUCCUCUUCUCUUCUGGCCACCCACCCAUAGGUUAACAAGAGUUUACAAGAGCUAUCGAUUGUGCCAACUAACUAAUCUGCACUAAUCAGUUAGCCAAAGUAUCAUUUAUCAUUGCCACGUUUGAUAUCUAUAAACAUCCCCAAUUGAUUUAAUCUUAUGCAUAUUUAAAGGCAACCAUCCAGUGCAUCCCAGGAGUCCCCAGACCUGACUUUAUCCCCUUAAUCAGAAGCAAUCAAGUGAUCCCCUUCCUCCUAGGAGAGCCCACGCCAUUUUGCAUAGGUCACAGGAUUUAUCUGGGAAUUACACUUAUACAUGUGCAUGUGGGUCGACCGUGGCCUGAAGGACACAGAGGAUCCCCAGCCCACUCUGGGGAUUGGUAGAGGGUGUAGUAGGUACCCCGGGAGUGCUCUGGGGUAUCAGUUUCGCAUGAUGAGUUUUGCCAACAGGCACCAAGCAAUGCAGCAGAGAAGAUUUCCUCUUGAGUGUUGAGAAAGCUCUGGUUCUUGCUCCCUACUCAGCUCAGGAAGGGGAAGAAACCCUGGGGGUCUCCUGGGCCUGGCCAUUGGCUUGCUGAGCAGCACACCUCAUCCACCAAGGGCAGAAUUUGUUGUUUUAUCUUUAACCUCAAAAAAUCGGACACACAUAACAAACGGAUGGUUACCAAAGGGGAACAUGUGGGGAGGGAUAAAUUAGGAGUUUGGGAUUAACAUAUACACACAGCUAUAUAUAAAAUAGAUAACCAGCAAGGACCUACAGUAUAGCACAGGGAACUCUACUCAGUACUCUGUAGUAACCUAUAUGGAAAAGAAUCUGAAAAAGAAUAGAUACAUGUAUAUGUAUAACUGAAUCACUUAGCUGUACACCUGAAACUAACACAACAUUGUAAAUCAAAUAUACUCUAACGUAAAAUUCAAUUAAAUUUCAAAAAAAAGG